CCUUUUUUUCCUCCAUAUAUAAAUAUGCUCUUCUUAACAACCACCCGGUUCACCCUAACAUACCAAGCCACCACACUCUUCUAUCUCUCAGUUAUUCAAAAAUGAAUUGGAUCCGGGGAAAAACCAUUGGUCGUGGCUCCUCCGCCACGGUCUCCAUCGCCACGGCUAGCCGAUCCGGCGACGUCUUGGCCGUCAAGUCUGCGGAGCUUUCACAAUCACAAUUUCUCAAUAGGGAGCAAGAAAUUCUGGCUGGUCUAAGUAGUCCCUAUGUGAUUGCAUACAAGGGAUGUUGUAUUACAUCUGAAAAUGGUACGGUCCUGUACAAUCUUUGCUUGGAAUACGCGCCCGGAGGCUCGAUUUCCGAUGCUGUCCGGAAGCAUGGUGGUUGUCUAAGAGAGGACAUGAUCAGAAAUUAUGUGCACAAGAUUCUGCUUGGCCUAGAUUACCUCCAUGGUAAUAGAAUAGUACAUUGUGACAUUAAGGGUCCAAAUGUCUUGCUCACUAGUGAUGGGGUAAAGAUUGCCGAUUUGGGGUGUGCCAGGCACGUCGAUGAGGUGUCCGGCGAGGAUAGGUCCACGGUGACACCCUUGGCCGGCACGCCUGCCUACAUGGCACCUGAGGUGGCGCGUGGAGAACAACAGGGCUUCCCCGCUGACAUAUGGGCUCUUGGUUGCACCGUCAUUGAGAUGGCAACCGGGCGGGCACCGUGGGUGGGUGUUUUGGACCCGGUUUUGGCCCUUUAUCGAAUCGGGUUCUCCGGCGAUGUGCCAGAAAUUCCAACCUUCUUGUCUGAGCAAGCUAAGGACUUUUUGAGCAAGUGUUUGAAGAGAGAACCAAAAGAGAGGUGGUCAGCUAGUGAACUUCUCAAUCAUGCUUUUCUAGUGGAAACAGAGUCUGCUUCAGAGGAGAUGAUGAGUACUUUCAAUAUGGUAACUCCCACAAGUGUAUUGGAUCAACAGUAUUGGGAAUCAGAGGAUGAGUUGGACACAACUUGGAAUCCAACCCAGAAAAGAUCUUCAAAUUCUCCAAUGGACAGAAUCAAGAAGUUGAGUGAAUUGUCUUCAAAGAUUCCAAAUUGGUCACUGGAUAAAACUUGGGUCACAGUGAGAAACAAUGGCAGUAAAGAAGCAGAUUUGUGCCCUAACAGCCAGUACCAUGAGGAUAACCUGGUUAUACUCAAUGAACCCAAAAUGGCUAAUGUUGUUGAUGUUUUUUCAUGUAAAUGUAUGAGCCAAGCUACAAUUUGUGAUGGUAAAGGUAGGCAUAAGAUCAAAUCAGUGAUGGCUUUUCAAAGUGUGAAAGAUGUUUUAUGCAGGAAUGUACAUUUUUGGAAGAGAAUACUCUGUUUUCUACAUUUUAUGCAGUUCUUCACCAAGUUCUGUGCCACUUGUCUUUUAUUUGCAAAAUCCAUCUUCUUCCUAGUCAUCCUCGACCAGGGCUCCAGAUCAGCCCUGGGUUAGGCUGGCCCAACCCGCUUUUGCAAACCACUGUCUCAAAACAGGCUUGUAAAAGCUAUGUUGCACUGCUGCUUUUCUAAAAAGCCCCCCUUUUUCUCUGUUUCUAUUCUUUGUUUUGGAGCAGAGAGCGACUCCACUGGACUGUCUAUUUUGGACAGCCAAAUUUGACCUAAGCUCGGGCCGAACAGGCCACGAGGACAACCUAUAGAUAAAUAAGUUGGGCCGAGACCCAACGCAAAAUCAAAUGAUGAUAGAUCUCACUGAAAACUGAGCCACGGAAACCCCGCAUACAUAUACCUUUGGCUGAAGCCAAUAACCAGCUAGCUACCCAGUUUGGUUUGUUUCUGGUAUUCAAGUUAUCCUCAAACACAAAGUUCAACUUAACAACUUGGAAAAGCCUCAAGACACAAGCGAAGAAGAAGAAGAAGAAGAUAAAAAAA